AUGAGCGAUGGAGGUGGGGAGAAUGUAAAAGAGGGGGAAAAUAAUUUGAAUCAUCUCCAUAGCAAGAAGAGUAGGUCACGAGCUGACGACUUCGGCCUUUCCAUUGCUAAAGUUGCUGUGGCUCAGAUAUGCGAGGCUGCAGGGUUCCAGGGCUUCCAGCGCACCGCUCUGGACACCCUGUCUGAUGUGGCUGUUCGGCACAUUUUAGAGAUCGGGAAGACUGGGAAUAUGUUUGCAAAUUUAGCGGGUAGGAGUCAGUCUAAUGUGUUUGAUAUAAUUCAAGGGCUGGAAGAUUUGGGUUCAAUACAGGGAUUUUCGGGUGCUUCCGAUGUUGAUCAUUGUCUUUUGGGUUCAGGGACUGUGCGGGAGAUGGUGCGGUAUGUUGGAGAGGCUGAGGAGAUCCCAUUUGCUUAUUCACUUCCUGGAUUUCCUGUUUUAAAAGAACGGGAGCCUGGCAGGACUUUUGAGCAGACUGGAGGGAGCCCACCUGCUGAGCAUAUACCACCUUGGUUACCUGUAUUUCCAGACCCUGAGACCUAUGUCAGCCUGCAUAAAAUAGAUGAGAAAAUGGCACAGAUUUGGGAGGACGAAGUCGGGGGGCCUGUUGAAAAGAGAAGAGAGUUGGAUAAAACUUUUGCAAAUUUGCAGCAGCGAAUGGCUUGUAACGGGACUCAGCCAUCCGUAGAGGUUGAUUUUGGGAAUGAAGCUAAAGAAAAGGGAUUGGUGGAAUGUAAUCCAUUUCUUACUCCACCUCUGCAGCAUGGGGAGAAGGAGGUGUCUUUAGUUCUUCCUCCUGCUAAACUCUCGGACGAAGUCUUCCUGCAGAGUGCUAACCUUGAAGUUCCGGUUAGUCACAUUUCUGCAAUGGAGACAUUUGCACCUGGCAUUGAGGCGGUUAAGAGUGGAACAUUUGAUUUCGAAGAUGGGAGGAAAAAGGUUCCUUUGAACGGGAGACCAAAUGUGCGAUUUAAGCUUGGAGGUGGCAAAAGGUGCUUGCGUGUGGCUAUAAGCUCUCAGAACCAGGGAAUUGAUAAAAAUUCCACUUGGUUUAGGAAUGACGAUGGGAUGGAUGACAAGAAAAGGCGGGUGGAACAAAUUCUGAAGCCGUCAUACGAAUCUGCAGGAACUGACUCACUUGUAAAUUAG